AUGGCGAUAGCCCGCCCCCUUCUAAGCUUCCUCGCGCUCUUCUUCCUUGCCGGUACCGUCCUCUUCCAGUUCCUUGUCAUCCUCUCCGGCGCCGUCGAACACUCUCCGGAGAACAAAUUCUUCUUCCUUCAAUCCACCACCGAUGGCAUCCCGACGUCGAUGAAUCCCGCUCGCUGGACCUUCUUCGCCCUCUGCGGCGUCAACGACAAGGGGCACAAUGCGAACUGCGAGAAGACCCGCCCGGCCUUCCCAUUUGACCCGCCGAAUGCCAGGAACUUCGGGACCAACACUGGAAUCCCGCAUGACUUUAUCGGCACGAACCACUAUUUCCUGAUGAGUCGGUUUAUGUUCGUGUUUUAUCUCAUCGCGCUGUUCUUCGCGGUCGUGAGCCUGUUCACGGGGUUGCUGGCCCUGUGCACGCGGAUCGGCGCGUAUUUGUCGGCCCUGAAUGCGAUGAUCGCGCUGUUCUUCCAGACCAUCACGGCGUGUCUAAUGACUGCGUGGACUGUUCAAGCCCGAAAUGCCUGGAACAAAACUGGCCGCCAUGCAAGGCUGGGCGUCAAAUCGGCCGCUCUUACCUGGACUUCCGUCGCGCUUCUGUUCCUCACCACGCUGCUGUUCUGCAUCGCCGGAGCAACCGGAAAGCGUGAAAAGAAACAUGCAUCGGCAGGACGAGGCGUCUUCCGGAAACGAAGCGAGAAGAAUCGAGGUAGCUUCUAUGAGACGGAAAGCCAGAGGCGGGUCAGGGAUAGCUACUCAUAG